AUGGUAGGAAAGGCUAGGUCUUCCAAUUUUACCUUAUCCGAAAAGCUUGAUUUGCUAAAGCUAGUGAAGCCCUAUGUUAAAAUUCUCGAAGAACACACCAAUAAACAUUCAGUUAUAGUGGAAAAGAAUAGAUGUUGGGAUAUCAUAGCAGUCAACUAUAAUGCAAUUGGAAUAGACCGCCCUCCUCGAACAGCUCAGGGCCUACGCACCCUUUACAAAAGGCUCAAAGAAUAUGCCAAACAGGAGCUGUUGCAGCAAAGAGAGACCCAAUCAGAUUUUAAAAGCAGUAUAUCUGAGCCAACCAAGAAAGUUAUGGAGAUGAUUCCCCAGAUUUCCAGUUUUUGCCUGGUAAGAGACAGGAACCACAUACAAAGUGCAAACUUGGAUGAGGAAGCACAGGCUGGUACCAGUUCCCUUCAGGUAAUGUUGGAUCACCAUCCUGUUGCUAUUUCAGUGGAGGUGAAGGAAGAAGAUGACACUAAACCAUCUCUCCCACUGAUUUUAAAUUCUCAACAGAAUGACGCUUUAGAGCAAAGAGAAGAACAUGAGUUCGUACCCACUAUGGACAGAUCUCUGUCACCGUCACUGUCCUCUGUUGAUAUGAGAAUGACAUUAUCUCCAUCUUCCAUUCCACGGAGAGAUGAAUUUUUUCGACAUGAGAGUAGAGAACACCUUAGGUCUCUGUCACUCUUAGGGUAUGAUCCUCAGAUUCUUCAAAUGCUGAAAGAAGAGCAUCAGCUCAUUGUAGAAAAUCAGAAGAAUUUUGGACUCUAUGUUCAGGAGAAGAGGGAUGGAUUGAAGAGAAGACAGCAGUUAGAGGAAGAGCUGCUAAAAGCAAAAAUUGAAGUGGAGAAACUGAAAGCAGUUCGCUUGCAGCAUGAUCUGCCAGAAUAG